AAAUUCAGAAUUAUAUUCAUAUAUAAAAAAUAUUAUUGAUUUAUAUAAUAUCAUGGGGAUCGAUAGUACAUCAAAAUUAGAGGUUAAGAGUUCAAAAUUACAAAAACGAACGAAGAAAAUAAAUAAAUCAGAAGAAAUUACAACUGAAACAAAUAAUAUUAAUAUCUCAGAAUAUGAUACUAAUCAAAAAGAAGAUAUGAAUAACCAGGCAGUAAAACAUAAAAAACAAAAGGGAAAAAGAAAAAGAUCAAAUACCAUUAAUAAUAAUAAUGAAGUAAUUAAAGAAACAAAAGUAAUUGAAACAAAAAAGAAUAAUUCUAUUAAAAUGAAUGAAAAUCAAGAUGAAGAAGAAAUAAAUAAUAAGAUAAUACCACCAAAGAAGAAAGCAAAUAUACAUGUAAUAAAUGAUAUAAAUAACAUAGAAGAACUUCAUAAAUGUAAUAAUGUAAAAACUCCAAAACAACCUUCUAAGAGACAGAUGAAAAGAGAAAAGGCUGAAAAAAAAGAGAAUGAAAAAAGAAUGGCCAAUAAAACAGAAGCAAUGAAAAAAGGACUUAAUUAUGUUUCAAAGUGGAAAUAUGCAAGAACUGAAUGGAAAUUUGAAAAAUUAAGACAAAUUUGGUUAAUUGAGAAUUUGUUAGAUGAAAUUUCUAUACCAAAUGACAUUUUCCCAACAGUUUUAGAAUAUUUUGAAGGAUGUAAAGGUAUGGCUAGAGAACAACUUUUAAAAAAAGGUAUGGAUGUUAUAAGGAAAGUAGAAGAAAAUGAAGAAAAUAAAAAUAAGGAAUCUGUUGUUUAUCAGAGAGCAAGAAGACUUCUACAAGCUUUGCCUACUGAAACAUAAUCUAAAAUUGUAUUUAAAAAUUAUCAAUUAUUUGAUAAUUUUUGUUGAAAUUGAAUAUUCUUUUUAUAUAUUAUUCAAUAUUGUUUUUUUCAUUAAUGAAAUAGAUGUAUUAAAUUUUUGUAAAUAUUUAAAUAAUUAAAUUUAUCUGACUAUUACAUGAAAAAUAAUUUAUUUAACAAUUUCCUAUGUAUAUGAAAUCUAUAAAAAUAAGAGAUAUAUGUUAUAAUUAAAAACUUAUAUAUUGCAUUGUACAUUUUUUACCAUAUAAUAUUAUACAAAUAUCCCAAUAACUACAAAUCAUUUCAUAAGAAAAUUACAAUUAAAAUAGAUUACAUUAUUCUGAAUACUUAUCUACAAAUUGUUUAAGUUUAUCUACAUCCUGAAGACCAACAAUUCUAUCUAAAACCUUUCCAUCUUUCAUUGCAAUUAAGACUGGAACA